AUGCUUGAGUCAAGUUUGUGGUGUGUGGUAACAGGAUUAAAGUGUAAGUGUACAGAAUGUAGUCAACCACGUCAACCUAACAGUACCUGUACAACAGAUGGUAUAUGUCUAGUGUCUUCUAUACGCAGUAAAAAGACAGGGAAAAUACGAGUGCGACGAUUAUGUAAAGACAAAGAAGAGCUGUUUCCUGACAAUAGACCAAUGUUUUGUGAAGUUAUAGAAAAACAAAAAAGUAAUUUCAAUGUAUAUUGUUGUAAUGAUAGAGAUAUGUGUAAUGCUGAUAUCACACCAGAGUUAGAACCACCGACAAAAACACCUGAAGAAAUAGCAAGAGAAAGAAAGGAAGCAGAUGGUAUCAGCGCUAUGGAAUUGAUGGCUUUUAUAGCAGUACCUAUUGGUCUAGUUUGUAUACUGAUAUUAGUAGCCUUCUUUAUGUUUCAUCACCAUCGUAAGUGUCAGCGAGCAUUCCACCGAAAUGAUGAACACAGUAUCGAAACCAACCCAUUGGUACCGGGCGAACCAGCAUCAUUGAAAGAACUUUAUGAAACCAUGUCUCAUUCUGGCAGUGGUUCGGGUUUACCCAUCUUGGUCCAGAGAACAAUAGCGAGACAGAUCAGGCUAUGUGAGAUAAUUGGUAAAGGGCGGUAUGGGGAAGUCUGGAGAGGGCAUUGGAGAGGAGAGAAUGUGGCUGUAAAGAUUAUUUCAACCAGAGAAGAGAGAUCUUGGUAUAGAGAGGCUGAGAUUUAUCAGACUGUUAUGUUAAGACAUGAGAAUAUACUAGGAUUUAUUGCUGCCGAUAACAAAGAUAAUGGAACGUGGACUCAACUAUGGCUAGUAACAGAUUAUCUGGAGAAUGGUUCGUUGUUUGAUUUCCUCAACCGACAGUCAGUGACUACAACUAGUAUGUUAAAAAUGGCUUUAUCAGCUGCCAGUGGUCUAGCUCAUUUACAUAUGGAAAUUAUUGGUGGAAAUAGAGGUAAACCGGCUAUAGCUCACCGCGAUUUAAAGAGUAAGAAUAUACUAGUAACAGCUAAUGGUACAUGUUGUAUAGCAGAUUUAGGAUUGGCUGUGCGACAUGAUUCCAAGACAGAUUCUGUAGAUAACCCACCUAACAAUAGAGUUGGCACCAAACGCUAUAUGGCGCCAGAAGUCUUGGAUGAAACUAUUAACAUGAAUCAUUUUGAAUCCUUUAAAAGAGCUGAUGUCUAUGCGUUUGGUUUAGUUUUAUGGGAAAUUGCCAGAAGAUGUAAUGUUGGGGGUAUAGCAGAAGAAUAUCAGUUACCAUAUUAUGACAUGGUACCGUCAGACCCAUCAUUAGAAGAUAUGCGUAAAAUAGUAUGUAUAGACAGACAUAGACCAGCCAUACCCAACAGAUGGCAAUCAGAGCCGUUGCGUGUGAUGGCAAGAUUGAUGAAAGAAUGUUGGUAUCAGAAUGCUGCGGCCAGACUAACAGCUUUACGUAUCAGAAAGACAUUAGCCAACUUGUAUUCCUCAGAGGAUACGAAAAUAUGA